GGACAUUUUAAAAAUAUAAGAUCAGGCACACACAUUGCAGGCUCAACGUUGAGGUCAUUUCAUUCUCGCUUUGUUCACUGCCGCUACUAUCGUCCCAAACCUCACUCUUCAGGAUAUGGUAUAACCUAUCUUGGUUCAUUGUUCAUCGAUGCUCUCUUUAAUCUCUUAUCACGAAGGUGUUCAAUUACUUCUUUGAUUUUUCUACAUCAUACAAGAUGAGUAGAUCUGAUGAUUUGAAGGAGAAGCAUGGAAAAAGUAAUUGGCUUUCUGUGAAUAAUUAUGACGAACAGAGUGCAGCUCGUACAAGGCCAAUUAGUUUUGAGGAGAUUAUGCUUAGAAGAAGAAACAAAAAAUUGGUUGAAAAUGUAAAAGACCAUGCUGGGGAAGCAUGCAAUAUAUCACCUGAAGGAUCUUCAGAGAAAAUUGCUGAUCAUUUUGAGUCUCCAAAAAUCACCAAGCGUGAUGAAAGUUCAUCCUUUGGUAUGGAGAGAGAUACUAUGGAGGCACCAGUUAAAGUGGGUUCUAGAAAGAAGGUUGAGAGCGGCUGUAUAAAGGAAGAGGAUAUAACUGAAAGGAGAGACAGAGAAAAAAAUAUCUUUGAGACCAAAUCAAGUGCUGGAUUAAAUAAUAGAGCCAGGAUAACUAGGGAAAAUACUGGAAAAGAGAUUUGUGGUCGGAGAAAGAAUGAGCGAAUUAGUGAUAAUUCUGAGUAUAAAGCUGGAAAUAAGCAUUCAAGAGAUUCAGUUAAUAAAGAUAGUAAUCCAGAAAUAGAUAGACCAAAAUCUGAAAGGAAAAUAAAGGAAAAGAACCACGUUGGAGAGGGUGAUAAUCCUAAUGAGUAUUAUACCGGAAGGAAGCAUGAAAAAGAUAGACAUUAUAGGCGGAAAGUGGAAAAGCGGUUAAGCAAUGAUACCGAAGAAGUACCUGAAAAGAAGCACCGUAGAGAUUCAGAUAAGGAUAAGCAUGUAGAGGGUAGAGCAAAAUAUGAAAGAGAAAUAAAAAGAAAGUAUAGAAAUGGAGAUGAUGAAACUCAGCAGAGGAAUGAUAAGCAUGUAGAGGGUAGAGCAAGAUAUGAAAGAGAAAUCAAAAGAAAGUUUCGAAAUGGAGAUGACGAAACUCAGGAAAGGAGUGCAAAAAGGAAACAAGAUAUUGCAAAACAUCACAACCCACACAUUUAUGAGAAGAAGGACAGGGGGGAAAAGGUGAAGUCGCAUUAUGAAGAAUCAACUGCGAAGCGGAAACGGUCUAGAAGUCAGGAGCGUGCGGACAGAAGAAGGUCCCGCUCAUUUUCACCGAAGCCACACAGAAAUACUUAUCAUGAUGGAGAGCAUAAAGAGAUGUCUACGCCUUCUCUGAAAGAUGGUUCUAGAAAAAAACAUUCUGAUGUCGGUAGAAAUAGAGUAUCAACUAAUGGCUCAAGUGGUCUCCAUCAUCGACAUGACAGCUCUACUAGUGGACUCGGUGGCUAUUCACCAAGGAAGAGGAAAAGUGAAGCCGCUGUUAGGACUCCUUCCCCAUCUAAGCAUUCUAUUGAGAAGAAGCGGGCUGGAUGGGAUCUUCCCCCUCUACAGACAAAUAAUCCUUCUCCAGCCUUUGUUUCUUCUGUUGUGUUAUCCAAUGUGCAUGAUGUGGCUUCAGCUUCUUCUCUGAAUCUAUCUAAUGUAAAACUGCCAAUGUCUUUUUUGAAUGAUAUAUCAACUGGGAAGAAGGCCAACAUCGAUUCUGUCCAACUGACGCAAGCUACCCGGCCUAUGAGAAGGCUUUAUCUUGAGAAUCUACCAGCUUCAGCCUCUGAGAAAGCUGUAAUGGAUGGCUUCAAUAAUGUCUUGCUAUCUGUUGGUGUACAUCAUAUCCAACAAGCUCAACCGUGUAUCAGCUGCACUUUGCAUAAAGAUAGAGGUCAAGCAAUUGUGGAAUUCCUUACAGCUGAGGAUGCAUCAGCUGCUCUUUCUUUUGAUGGCAGUGUACUGUGUGGCUCUGUUGUGAAAAUUAGACGCCCUAAAGACUACGUUGAUGUUGCAACUGUUGAACCUGAAGGAUCAGUGGAGGAUUCUGUCAGAAUUAGUGAUGUUGUAAUUGAUUCACCUAACAAGAUCUUCAUUGGUGGGCUUUCAAAACAUCUAUCUUCAGAUAUGCUUGUUGAGAUUGCUGGUGCAUUUGGAUCUUUGAAGGCUUACCACUUUGAGACUGAGGGCAGCAAUAGAUCAUGUGCAUUUCUCGAGUAUGUAGAUCAAUCUGUUACCAUCAAAGCUUGUGCUGGUUUGAAUGGUAUGAAGCUGGGAGGGGAAGUCCUAACAGUUGUUCAGGCUAUGCCUGAUGCAUCAUCCUUGGAAAAUGGUGAUAAACCACCAUCUUAUGGGGUUCCAGAACAUGCAAAGCCACUGCUCAGAAAGCCAACAGAAGUACUAGAGAUUAAAAAUGUGUUUGCAGUGGAGUCUAUUUUGUCUCUGUCUGACAUGGCAAUUGAAGAUAUUUUGGAGGAUGUACGAUUGGAAUGUGCAAGGUUUGGGACCAUUAAAUCAAUUAAUGUAGUGAAGUAUAGAAGUGAUGAGCAUUUAGCAACUAAAUCAGAAGAAUGUGAAGUUACAAACGAAGUAGAUUCUAAAGAAGCUUCUCAAGAUGCAAUGUGUGUCAAUGCAGAAUCUAGUUUUCCUGAAAAGGCUGCAUGCGCCAUUUCCAAUGAAGCAAGUGGAGUGGAGUUCUAUUAUGACAAAGAGCUGGGAGAAGAUCAAGUUAAUGAUAGAAGUAGUAGCAUUAAUGUUGAUAAAAAUGCUGAUGAUAUUUUUGACAAUGCGUCAUGCCAAAAAGAACAGCUUGUGAGUGACAAAACAGUUGAAAAUGCAGGCCAUGAGAGCAUACAAAGUAGUAUCAUUCAGGAAUGUCCUGAUCACCUGGAUACACCCAAUGAUGUGCCAGAGUUACAUGAAAUGGUUGCUAACGAUAUUGAUGUGGAUAUUGAAAACAAGAUGGAGGGUGGCAAUAUGAACUUGAAAAACACGGUUUGUCCACUUCAGGAAGUCUCUUCUGAACGUCAUAACAGUUCAGAAUUAGUUGGUUCCAGAAAAGGCAUUGACAAGGAAGAUGAUAUUUGUGGUCAUGUAUUUGAACCCGGUUCCGUUCUUGUUGAGUACGGAAGAGCUGAAGCAUGUCGUUUGGCAGCUCAUUGUUUGCAUGGGCGUUUAUUUGAUGGCAGAAUGGUGACAGUGGAGUAUAUUGCUCAGAGUCUGUAUAGAGCAAGGUUUACCAAAUGAGUAUUACAUGGUUGUGCAAGAAUGAAUUGAUUCAUCAGUUGAUCUGAUUGGUUAUGUCGACAUGCUUGCUGGCGUAUAAAAUCUGUUGGACGAUGAGGUUCUUGAAGUGCAUUUGGAUUGGGAAAAAGCAUAAUUUAGCAAUUUCAACAUGAGAAAAAUGCAGCUUACAUCAAGUAUGGAGCUGCAGACGACUGGUGAAGAUUUGUUUUUUUUUUUCUUCUCAUGGGGCAUAUGAUUGAAGUUUUUCUUGCACCGAAUAAUUUUGUUGUUUAAGCGAGUUGGUGGUGGCCUGGUGCUAUUUGGAGUUAUUCUUUAUACAAGGUUAUGCUGCAUUACAAACUGGUUGUUGUAUCGUAGUAUGCUAGAUGCUGAUUACAUUACAGGGUCAUACUAGUACUAGCUAGCUUUCAAGAACCAUUACUUUUUACAACCUCUAUUAAUUUAGGCUUAAAUAAGUUUUUGAUCCCUAACCUUUACCAAA